UGACUUCCGGUGGUUUUCAGUCUGUUUUUCGAGAGAAUGAAAGAAGUCGUAAUAAACUGAAAAUUGCAGCAAAAAACAAAACUUUGUCGUUCAACCGAAAUCAUGUCUGGCCUUGCCUUCAAAAUAUGGGAGCUGGUGUGCUACUGUUUAAUAGCAAUUCUGGGCCUAGUAGGCAACUCGUUAGUUUGUCUCGUCGUUUUGAAGAACGGGCCUGUCUUCCGAAGGGCGCCGUUUAACAUUUUGAUCAUGUCGCUUGCAAUAGCUGACAUCCUUCUAUCGCUGGUUGCCAUUCCAUUUUAUCUUCUUCUGACAGCGAUUAUACCGCAUCCGGAUGGCAUUGCAGGGACGGUAUUGUGCAAGGUGAGCCAUACCGUACCUUUUUGGUUAGCCGGGGUCUCUAUUUAUCUUCUAGUGGCAAUAAGUUUCGAGCGAUACGAAGCCGUGAAAGACCCACUGGCAGCUUAUACACGAUCCGGUUUUACAAAGAGGACCCGCUUCUUUAUCUUUGGUGCUUGGUUUAUUGGUUUCGUGAUCCAACUGCCAACCGUUAUUGGGAUAAAAUACGACAGCACCGAUGCCAAAGUUGGGAACUGUGUCUACAUCUUGAGCAGGAAUACCAGGAAAAUAAUCUACCCCUUCACAUUUUUUGCACAGUUUGUCAUUCCUGCCCUGAUAUUUAUCGUCAAUUUCAUAAGGAUAUACAAGUGCAUGUCUUUGCUGGGAGGCAAUUUACGGUGUCAUUUUUCAGAAGGUGAGGUACCUAAAAAGAUUCUUCAAAGAAAGAAACGCACCGUAAAAGUUAUUUUCACGGCAUCGUUGGCCUUCUUUAUAUGUUGGACACCCAACAAUACAAUGUAUUUUCUUUUCCAAUAUUUCAAUAAAGUAGCUUGGAAUUCCGAUCUGUAUCAAAUUGGGGUUGUUCUUGGAUUCCUUAAUUCGUGCAUUAACCCCUUUCUGUAUGCAUUUCAAAGUGCGGAUUUCCGAGAAAAUUGUUUGAAAAUUCUGAGAAAAGCCACACGAAGAAAAGCUCUUGGAUCGUCUUUUACGGGAAGUACAAGCAACGGUUUCUUUUCUGACGGAUAUGCUGAUACCAAAAAACUUAUAACAUACGCAUCGUGAAAAUGCCAAAGAAGAGCAAUCGCACUCUAGAUCUAAUGCGGAUGUAAAAAGCAGCUAAAGCUAGAAGGGAGCUGGAAAAUGAUAUCAAAUUCAGUGCGUCGCUCGUUAAAAUAACAUCUGUUUUUCUUUAGAUUCAAUAGAAACCAAGAAGUUUCCUCAAUGUAGCAAAAAUUGAUAGUAAAUUUUACAGAUGUUGCUCGUACUUCGAUCGCUUGAUUACUAUGACUGUAAGAUUUAGGCAAAUAUGAGGAUUGGAAGAAUAUUUGAUAUGCUAACACUCUCAAUAUCUCUAAUUCUUUUCUACCGGUUUGACAUCUUCCUCAAUGAGCAACCUAUUUCUCUUGAGCUCAUUUUUAACAUGCAGCUGUUUUAUUUUUGAAUAAUUCAUAUUAUGUUAAACAUUAUUUAGUGAAAUCGUUGACAGUUGCAAGCAAAAUGAACUAAUUGUUAUUUUAAAGUUAAGAAAAGAACCAAGCAUGUUACUGUUAGCUUGAAGAAAAACAGCACACUGAAUCGUUCGGGAUAAGAGGUCAUCGCCAUCAUCAUCAUCAUCAUCAUCACAUUCAACAACCCUCUUGAGUCAUACAAAUUUCCGCCAAGUCAACUACAACAUUAAGAUUUACUGAGGUGGUUUUGACAUAGAUUGUAAAAGGAAUCCACAAUUUUGUCUGGCAGGCAAAGAACAUCAAGUAACAGUGACCUUAAUCGGUGUUAGCA